AUGCUUAUUUCGGAAAAUGACGAUAUCAAGUCGACGGGUAUGCUCGAAAAGAAAUGGACAUCAGUUGUUCGAUUGCAGAAGAGAGUAAUGGAAUUGGAAGUGAAACUGAAAGAAGCUGAGCGUGAAUAUAUGCAAGGAGCACCAACAAGAGAAAAUCGACAGCCAGGAGAGUGGAUUCCACGACCGCCAGAAAAAUUUUGUUUAACGGGCCAUCGUUCUCCAAUCACGCGAGUUAUAUUUCAUCCUGUUUUCACUCUUAUUGCUUCAUCUAGUGAAGAUUCAACAAUCAAGGCAAGUUCCCCCAUAUAUUCUUUUGUGAUCUUUAAAAAAAGCAUGGAGAAUUACACCCCUCCUCUUCCAUCUGGAAAGUAG